UGGCGGCCAUCAGUAGAUCUUUCACGAUGGAAGAAUCGAAAACGUUUAGAGAUGUUUUAGAUAAUGCUCCUAAAGAAUUAAAUAGAGAUUAUCUUAAACGAAUAUACUUGGCUUUGCGCACUUCUAAACACGAAGAGAUUGUAGAUAACGAAGCAAUUGUCAGUUCACUUAUAAUUAUGAUACUCAACGAUUCUACCAAUUAUCUCGAUCGAUAUUUAGCUAUAUCUAUUCUACAAAUUCUGUCUCCUCAACCGGAUUUUUUGCAAAUUAUGCAGACUGGUAAAUUAUCUCAGUUAUUGCACUGCUUACCAUUAAUGAUGGUUCAGACCAACAAUGACCCUAUAGUAAAAGAAAUUUUGAAAAAAUUGAUAAAGGGAAUUGAAGAUAAUAAAAUUAGCAAGCAGAAUCACUGGUGCAUUCUAACAGUACUUUCACAAUUGCUUAAUUCUGAAAACAUGACAUCAGAUGAUAUUAAAUCAUUAACAGCUAAUCUUCCAAAAUGGUUACACGAAAGCUUUUCUUAUGGAAGUUCAAAGUUUAGUUCACAUUCUAAAAAGUCUGAUAUAAUAAUAACAGAGUUGGAUGGUUCUCAUUGUCAAGAAUUCUUUACAGUUUUAAACUGUGCGCAACAUUAUAUGCCCGAACAUUUUCUUAAUAUUCAAGUAUUUUCUAUGCUACAACAUUGGUUAUUAGCAAUUUGUGAUGGUACUUCUGAAAAUAAAUAUAUAGCAUCAUCUCUUAGUAAUUUUUCUACAGAAAUCACAGCAUGUGUAAGAGAAUAUUGUUUGAGGAUUGUAGAACAAUGGCAACAAAAACAUACAAAUUCUGAUAUUAUGAGCUUUCAGGCAGCAUGUUUAACUGAAGCAAUCAAUAUAUUAGAUAUUCUAUGUUUUAUUAAUCCAGAUCUUGUGCAUUUGGUGUUGCCUACAUUUAGACAGUCUUACAAUCGACUCUGUGGACAGAUUGUUAGUAAAGCCCAUUCUCACGAUAUAGCUGCAAUCACUGCAGCAGUGCAAUUUUUCAUUAAUCAUAGUUCAGCAGUGAUGCAGAAACCAGAUGAUAUUUAUCCUUUUCUAUUUUGUGAAAUAUUGGGAAAAUGUUAUCAAGAUAAUUUGUCUGCUUUUGAAAUCGUUAAUCUAAUAAAAAGGAAUCUACCACAUCUCUGCUAUCGUACUAGUGUUUUGGAGAAAUAUUUUCCAACCAUAUUUAAAGUGCUGGCUUGGAGUCCACGUACCUUUUUAGAAGACUUUGAAGUUUUAUUGCCAGCUUUUAUGUCUCCUCAAACAUCAAUAGAGAUAUUUCAUACAUUGCUAGAUUUGCCUUGUUUGACAGCAUCACUUCUGAUAAACCAGAGAGCUUCAAUUUCUCAAGAAUUAAACCGUCCAAGAAAAAUACUUGCCAUUGAUCCAGCUGUUAUCGAACAAUUUUCUAAUCCAUCUCUUCAGCCAAUGUUUCAUUUUAUUCUUAGACCCUGCAGCGGUGUUGGCGAUACUUUUGAAAGAAUUCAUAUAUUUCAUCAAACUAUUGUAUCAUUGACUAAGCAUCCGCAAGUGAUUCAAUGUGCACAAUCAUCAAUUAGUUUACUUCAGGAAUACUUUUCUAUCUUUUUCCAAUCUGCUGAUUCUUAUUUGGUUAUCACACUAUUUUGUGCAAUCAUUGAAAGAAUACCUGUUAUCUAUCCCGUACAUGAUUAUCCAGAACGUAUUUAUGAAAUCAUUGCCAAAACAGUUUUGCAGAUGUUCUCUCAUUAUCCUGAAAUAAUAAUACAUGGCCAAAAAGAACUAGUGGAAUUUUUAAGUCAUUUGAAAAAUUUCAUGAUUGCUCCUCAACUUUUUAUGAAUUUAGUCUGGAUCGUUGGUGAAUACACGUCACUCGCCUACAGCGAACUGUGCCGACCAGAAAUUGUCACAUUUUAUUACGAAAAUUUAGAAUCUACCGUGUACGAAAUGAUAAGCAGCAUUCAAACAAAUUUAACUUUCAUGAAACUCAUCAAUAUUUCUGUGGCAACUUUAGCCAAAUUAGCAUCAAGAUGUCAAGAUUUAGUGCCAAGAGCUAUAUUAUGUCUAAGUAAGGCUUCACAGGUGGUUCAUAACAAAAAUGACAGAGCACAAAACAUUGUUUCUAAAAGAAUAAAUGAACUACUAGCUAUUUUAAAGACACCAAAUGUUGCAUCUAUCAUUUUAAGUCCAUCGAAGGAUAUUUAUAGCAGGAGGUGGCACAGUGAUCCAACAAGUCUACCUUUCAUGCUAAGAACAAUAACAAAUAUGUUAAGCGAAGAUUAAAUAUAUUUAAUCAAAUCCCAAGAUACGUGUUUUAACAUUUUUAUUACAACUACUACAUACAAGAAAU